GUGGGGUCGUCGGCGGCGGCGGCGGACUUCUCGGCAUCUCUGGCGCCUCAGACCAUGAUGCUGAUCACCAGGGCGCCCAGCCAGGCCGAGGACGAGGAGAGUGAGCUGGACGUGGACGGCGAUGACUCGGCGAAGAGCCCCGUCAACACGUGCGAGUUCUGCGGCUCGGUGCUCUCCAGGGCCGUGCAGCGCCUGCGCCACAAGUGCGCCAGCACGUUCACGUGCUCGUACUGCGCGUGGAAGGGCUCGUCGGACAGCGAGCUCAAGGAGCACGAGCUGCAGCUACACCAGGCCAAGAAGCCGCACGUCUGCGCCGAGUGCGGCGCCCGCUGGGUCUCGGCCGCGGCGCUGAGCCGCCACAUGUCGGUGCACGCCAAGGGUAAGACCACGUGCGCGUGCGACGGCUGUGGCGCCAACUUCACGACGGUCCGCUCCCUCAGGCGGCACGGGCGGGACUGCCCCGGGAUGCGCGACGUGAACAAGCCGUACUUGUGCAAGGUCUGCUGCGCCACGUUCAUCUCCAAGAUGAGCCUCACAAAGCACGUGAAAGUCCACAGCCUGAAACGCCCCUUCUCGUGUUCGGAAUAAUGUGGGCUGGCUUUCGCUAUGCGCCAUGAGCUACUGCAGCAUCUGGAGGUGCAUAUGUCUGUGUCGUCUCCGCCGACGAGUAGAUGAGACGCUCGACCACGAGCAUAGCCCCAGACAUUGUCCUGGGCGAUGUCAAGGUCAAACUGACACGCCUUGUGGUCAGCAAAACUGGACUAGCGUCUUAACCAAUUUAUUGUUUCUUCAUUUUGUCUUUCUCUUCUUUUGCAUGGGUUUAAUUUCUUCGAAGUUACUUAA